CCGCCUGCCUUUCCGAGGACAAUCCCAAAUCAUAUCUUUAUCCGCCAUGACCAUUAUGCGCAACGUUUGCAGGGCCAUGGAGCGCAUCGCUCCGCUGCGUCUCGCAGAAAAGUGGGACAAUGUGGGCUUGCUGCUUGAGCCCCCCGUCCCGCGCACCAAUGCAAAUCGUGUGCUCCUAACGAUUGAUCUUACCCACGACGUGCUCUUCGAGGCCCUCAGCUCGCCGACGCUAUGCAUUAUUUCCUACCACCCAAUCAUCUUCAAGCCACUCUCAUCCCUCACCCUCGCCAACCCUCUGCAGACAUCCCUUCUCCGCUGUGCUACAGCAGGUAUUUCGGUCUACUGCCCUCAUACUGCCCUGGACUCCGUCACAGGAGGCAUCAAUGACUGGCUCUGCCUGGGACUGAACAACCAACUCGUUCCUAAGGAGGGAUGCGUUCAGUAUAUCGGCGAUGCGGACAGCGAGGGUAUGGGUGGCGCUGGGCGAAUCCUGAAGUUCGAAGAGCCGAUUAACAUGCAGGAGUUGAUUAGGAGGGUGAAGAGCCACUUGGGCUUGGACCACGUUCAGGUGGCAUAUACAACGACGCGAGAUCUAAUUGACGUCGAAUCCGUUGCGGUUUGCGCUGGCAGCGGAGGAUCGAUGAUCGAUGGCGUCGAUGCUGAUGUGUAUUUCACAGGCGAAAUGCAACAUCACGACGUUCUUGCGGCAGUAGCAAGCGGCCGAAAUAUUAUUUUAUGUGGCCACACCAACACCGAACGAGGAUAUCUGCGUGUGUUGGCGGAAAAACUGACUCAAGAAUUGGCGUUCGAGGCGCAUACAGGCCUACCAGAGCCUUUACAGGUACAUAUCAGUAGCCAAGACUGUCAUCCUCUGCGAAUUGUGUAGAUCAGCCCGUAAUUGAUGGAGGCGGACAUCGUGGACUCCCGAGAGCUGUAUCACGUUCGUAUACUCAGAAGCUGCCUGGGACGUUGUCUCACAUCACUUCAAGGAGGUGGCAGGUGGCAAGGUAAUCGAUGAAAGUGACGAC